CUCCGAAUCACUCUCUAUGCAGAGAGGCAUCUAGGUUUCCAAUUUUCACCAUUUCAGGGUUUUUGAGUUUUUUUCUCCUGUGUUCCUAAAGAAAAUUGAAAAUGCCUCCUUUAUACUCUCUGCAGCUUCGUCGUCUCCUCCACCAUUAUUGCAUCUCGCCUCCUCCUCCGCUAUCAUCCCUCACUCAGCCCAACUUUUCUUCCCAUUUUGCCCCCACCAAUCUCCACAAAUUUCCAUUAUUGCCAUUCUCUCUCUGUAAACCCUUCUCCUCUCAAACCCUAAAACCUAACAAUGACCCAGAUCCCAUUGCUCAAUCUCUAUCUGCAGAGCUCGUCAAAAGCCCUGACACUGAUUCCCUCGCAAUUUCUCAAAGACUCAACCUCAAUUUCUCUCACAUCGCCAACUCUAUAACCCCUUCACUGGUUUUGCAGACGCUCAAUCUCUCUCCUGAAGCUGGUCGUACUGUUCUAGGGUUUCACCAGUGGUUAGUCACGGCUGCUUGUUUUAAGCACACAGAUGAAACGAUAUCGUUUUUUGUCGAUUACUUUGGUCGAAGGAAGGAUUUCCAAUCAACCCAUGAGCUUCUUCUUUAUGGGAAGAGUGUUAUUGGUUCUAAAAGUUUGGAAUCUGUAGUUGAUAGACUUAUAUGGGCAGGGAGACCCACAAAGGUUGUUGGGUUUUUCGAUAGAAUGGAGAAAGAUUAUGGGUUUAAGCGAGAUAGAGAGUCCCUUACAUUAAUAGUGAAGAAGUUGUGUGAUAAUGGGUAUGCGAGUUAUGCAGAAAAAAUGGUAAAAAGCUUGGCUAAUGAGAUUUUCCCUGAUGAGAUUAUUUGUGAUUUGUUGAUUAAAGGUUGGUGUGUUGAUGGGAAACUUGAGGAAGCGAAAAGGUUGGCUGGGGAGAUGUAUCGGGGUGGCUUUGAGAUUGGUCCAAUAGCUUAUAAUGCAAUUCUCGAUUGUGUUUGCAAAAUUUGUAGGUUAAAAGAGCCUUUUAGAUUACAUUCUGAAGCAGAGAAGGUAUUAGUGGAAAUGGACACUCGAGGGGUUCCAAGAAAUGUGGAGACUUUUAAUGUAUUAAUCAAUAAUCUGUGUAAGAUUAGGAAAACUCAGGAUGCCUUGAAUUUGUUUUAUAGGAUGAGGGAAUGGGGGUGUGAUCCUGAUGACACUACGUUUCUUGUUUUGAUUAGGAGUUUGUAUCAGGCGGCCAGAAUUGGAGAAGGCGAUGAGAUGAUUGAUAGAAUGAAGAGUGCUGGUUAUGGGGAUAAGCUUGAUAAGAAAGCUUAUUAUAGCUUUUUGAAAAUUUUGUGUGGUAUUGAGAGGCUUGAGCAUGCUAUGAGUGUAUUUGAGAUGAUGAAGGCAGAUGGAUGUAAACCUGGGAUAAAGACUUAUGACUUGUUGAUGGGGAAGUGGUGUGCUCAUAAUCGGCUUGAUAAAGCAAAUGCUCUUUUUAAUGAAGCUUUGAGUAAUGGGGUGACAGUCACACCCAAAGAGUACAGGGUGGAAGCAAGGUUUUUGAAGAAGCCGGAGGCGGCUGCGAAGAAAGGGAAAAAGAGAGAGACAUUGCCUGAGAAAACGGCAAGGAAGAGGAGGCGUCUGAAGCAGAUAAGACUUAGUUUUGUGAAGAAACCAAAGAACAUGAUGCGUCGAGCCUUCUGAUCACCUAGUGGGAUUGUCAAGUGUAUGUCAGUCUGCGUAUUGAACUGCAGUGAUUUCUUUUUGUUAGUGAAAUUGUGUUUCAAUUUCCUUGUUUCAAGUUUAUGUUGGGAAAACCAGGAGUAAGAAGUAAGAUUUUUGUUUUUUUUUUUUUUUUU